AGGAAUGCGCCUGCACCCUCUCCGAAUGCGCCCUCGUCUUCCCCUCCAAUCCGCACCAACCGCUGGGCGUGCCCCCACUGCCCCUACGUCCAGCACAACCGUCGCUCCCCCGACCUCAAGCGUCAUAUCGAAACACAUACGCAUGGUGCAGAUGUGGCAAUGUGGGUGUGCUGCGGGGUAUAUGCGUUGGAUGCGUUGGACCAGGGGGUGCCGGUCGAGGUGGUGCGGCAGGGUCAGAUUAUGGACUUUGAUGGAGUGCCUAUGAUUGGUGGAUGCAGGAAGACGUUCAGCAGGAAGGAUGCGCUAAUUCGGCAUUUGAAGGCGCAGAAGGGCAAGUGCUUUGGGGACGCGUGGUCGAUGUACCAGCCAGGGAACCGCUUGGGGAAGGACUCAUCUUAG